AUGACUGUCGCCCGACCUGCCAACACUGGUACACCGGAAUGGAACCUCCCGGGACUGAUAGCAUGGCGGCGAUUUCUGAUUGGAGGUGCCAUCAUUUGCGGGCCACAGGCAGUCGCAUUAAGACAAGAGGGUCAGAGGAGGCUUGGAAGGAACAAUCCCAAGAAGCGAUCAACGGCAUUUUUGUGUGAGGAUCAUUUUUUUGUGGAGGUUGGUGGUCGGGUACCCUUGACUAGGUAUGUCAAGGGUACCCUUGACUAG